AGAUGUGUGUUUGAUUAUUAUCACAUGGAUCGUCAGAUAAUUUCUAAGCGUAUGGAAUGACGUGGACUACGAGGUUGGCGACUCAUUGUUUUGUUUGUGCUAGUUUGACAAUGCGGAAUAAAAUAGCACAGUGAAGGAUUCUGAGACACCUGUUCAUAGCGACAAAUAAACAAUAUGGCGAACCAUGAUGAUUUGAAAGACGAGCGAGUUCCGCUGUGUUUGCACUGGUCCGUUGAAAAAGUCGCAGAUUGGAUAGAAGAAAUAGGAUUUCCGUAUUACAGGGAAUGUAUCACAAGAAACCUUGUUGAUGGAAAGCGUCUCAUUCACAUUGAUUCCUCUCAUCUACCUAAGAUAGGAAUCACAGACUUUGAGCACAUCAAGCUGAUAGCAAAAUGUAUUCGUGAUAUGUUAGAGAUAGAAGAUCCAGAUUGGCACAGAUCAAUUUCUAAACCACCAAGAGAAAACUUAGGAAUGUACUUGGAGAUGAAAAGUGGCACUGGGGAGAGAAGAGAUGAAAGGACUUAUAAAAAGUUUUUGGCAAACACUACUGAUGCUAAAUGGCAACCACCACUGGCAAAUCACUGCCUAAUAUUGCCACAUUGAAUAUAAAAGUGAAUCAAAUGAUAUUGCCUUGUUGAAUGUCAAAGUGGAUUAUCAAAGCGGUUUACUUUUUUGUCUGCUGCACCUAGAUCAAAGUGAAUGAAAUGAUAUUGCCACAUUGAAUAUCAUAAUGGAUCAAGUGAUAUUGCCAGAAUA